UUAAUUUUGAAGAGAUUUAUUUAGAAAUGCAGGGUGGACAGGAAAUGGAAGAAAGUGGAGAACCCCAGGAUAGUAGGGAUCCUAAAAGCUUAGAAGAUUGCUAUGAUUGUCUUUACACUAGAGAUAAGCAUAAGAAAGAGACAAAUCAAAAAUGGAGAGAUGGGAUAUUUGUUUAUAACAAUUUCACUGGCCAGAUGACAAUUUAUGAUGCUAUGGACACAGGAACGAAGAUAGCCCAACAAUUUAAGAAAGAUUGGGUCUUGUAUGAUGAAGAUGAAGUUAUUCACUUUCAAAUGUGCCUCUGCACUCUUGAAGGUAAAAGGAAUACUCCAGUGAAACAAAUAAAGGCAGUCCCAGAAAUCAGGAAGGUAGUCCCAUUCAAUAAUCCCUCAAAAGAAGAAGAAACCAAGAACGUUAAGAAGCUUAAGAGAAAUAAGUUCAAAGUUCCAGAAAGGAAGAAGGAGGUAUUUACAAACUCUCCGCCUCGAUAUGACCCUCGGAAUAGAGAUGCUGAUUAUUACAGCUAUGGAGACUCUGGAUUCAAGAAUAACAUUCCUAACUCUCAUAUUGAGAGGAACAACUAUAAUAGUAGAGCUCCUUAUCAAAGAUAUGAUCAGCCCCAACCUGAUGGCUUUAGAGAAGAUUAUGCCCAAGAAGAAGACAAAUUUGAGAGAGAUGUUCCAGUGAAUCCAGUUGCUGCAACAGUAGAUGAUGAUGUAAAUGAUUUCUUCAACAGAGUGAAAGCUGUCAAAAAGGAACCUAAAAAGGAUUGACCUCAGCCAGUAAGAAGACAGCUGUGUGAAGAUGGCUCUGAUAGCUCUUUUCACUCUGGUGAUGAAGAUUUUCAGAUAGAGAGGAAGAUACAAAAGUUGUCAAAACUUGGGAAUAGGAAUAACAAUUCUACCCAUAUGAAUCAAGAAGAGUCUGGUCAAAGUGAACACCAAAAUAGAACUGAUAAGAGUGUCGAUAAAUUAGCCCAAGACUUAGCUGAAAUUUAUUUAAGAGAUACCAAGAAGCAAGGUGAAGAACACCAUGACAAUAAUCCAAGUGAUAUUUUUGGUAGUUACAAAGCAGAGAAUCAGCAAGUAUUUGAUAAAGGAGAUAGCUGAGAAAUAAAUACUCUACUUGGUCAAAGAAGAAAGAGAGAUCAAAUAGAGGAUGAUAAUCCUAACUUGCCAUCUCCAAAAACAAAGAAAAGAGUGAGAACUAAUUCCCGUAGCUCAAUGCUUGAGGGUUCAUCUAAAAUGAUUACUUUAUUCACUAAUGAGAGAUUAGAAUCCUUUGAAGAUACUACAAUUGAUUUUCAAGAAGCCCCUCUUGAAAUCACAAACUAUGAUGAUGUUUACAGAAGUAGAACAAGUUAUUCCAAAUACUAUAUUCUUUCUUUACUAGAGAUGCUAAAAUAUGAGAUUGAAGAAGAUUUCACUAACAAAUAAAGUAAAGGAAAGCCCUAUAAUUUCUGCGAAGCUUGAAUGAGUCUCACUUAAGAAGAAAAAGAAGGGGCGUGCAGUCAAGGUCGGUUCGAGAACAAAGUCUAAAAAUCUCAGUAAGGAAGACGAAAGGUUGAAUGCGAAUAAAUAAGAUACAAGAGAAGGUUGAACAAGAAAGAAAGGAGUUUGAGGAGAGAACUAGGGUUGAGUCGAAAAGGAUGAUGGAAGACAGGAAGACAAAACUUCAACAAGAGAUGAGAAAACCUAGCACAGGUGUCCAAGAUGAACACGACCAAGAGACUGAGCAGGAACAAGAGAGUAGUAGUGAGGGUAGUGAAGAAGCUGACUUGUUGGUGAAUUUGAUUGGAGAGGAGAAGAAGGGAGAGGAAGAGGAUGUACUAGGAGGGAUUUUGGGGGAAGAAGAGGAAGAGAAGGAAGAGAAGGAAGAGGAGAGUUAUGAGGUUUUGGAUAGUUUUUAUUUGAAUGUACAGCAGAGUCAGUGUCCUAUGGGGAUGAAGAAAGGAGCCCAGAAAGAUGAUUUAUGGAUGCUUAUGAAGAAUUGUAUGAAUACUACUCAAAAUUUGAGGCAAGUUAAUGAUUUUGUGUUUGUAAAAACAUGCUGGCAUGGUUUUGGUAAAUCUAAGAGUCUUAAAGUUAAAUUGAUUGGGAAUGCAUCGAAGGUAAAACCAAAACUUGAAGAGUAUAAAUAUGCUUUCAGAUCAAUUAACUUAAACCAGUAUACAAAUCUUGUGAAUAAUUUAAUUGCAUUUCGAGAUGGCCCAGAGAAUAAAUUUCUUGAUAGUAUUCUCUACAUUGGUCGCACUACCUUCUUUGAACCCUUGAUUGAAUGAGAAAAGGAUGAUGUUCUAAAAAUGAAAGAGUACUUUAGUCAUCAAUUCAGUCUGAACAGAGACCAAAAAUAUGUUAUGGAAGAAAGCACUAAAUGGUUCUUACCAAAAGAAAAAGAUAAUGAGACAAAACAGAAUGUUCUCCUUGUCCAUGGAGCUUUUGGGUGAGGGAAAUCUUACAUGCUUGUCGCUAUAAUAAGAUUUAUCUCUGCUCUAUUGGAUCAUAUUGGAGACACUGAAAUCAAAAUACUCGUUUCAAGCCUCACUAAUGUUGCAGUUGAUAGAAUUCUUCUCUUGCUAUUAGAAACAGGAUUUGAAGAUUUUGCAAGAGUUGGGUCUUUGAAGAGAAUUAAUAAGUUAUUGCUCCCUUACUCCCAUCAUGCUAGGAGUAAUAAUACCGCUAGAAAAGAAGCCAUUAAAGAGUUGGAAGUUAUCAAGAAGGAACUUCAUAGCUUAGAGAAAAAAUCUGAGAAUACUUGGAAAGAGAUAAAUUCAGUAGAAGAAACUAUCCAAAGCUUAAAAGAGCAAACAGUAACCGAAAGAAGAGAACAGCUGAAAAGCAAAAGAGUAGUUGGGUGAACCCUGGCUGCUACAACAUUUGAGGUUUUGAAGAAGUCAACCUUUAAAAUAGUUAUCCUUGAUGAAUGAUCGCAGAUGUUAGAACCUCACAGUCUUCAAGCGAUUGUUCCAUUUGGAUGUGAAAAAUUAAUAGCAGUGGGUGAUCCUUUGCAAUUGCCUCCAAUAGUCUCACUAGGGUUCAAGGAUUUAUAUAACAAGCAGAAACAAGAUAAAAGAUCUCUAUACAAACCUCUCUUCGUGAGACUUCAAUAUGAUCAGCUUGAGACUAUCUUACUUCGAGUUCAGUACCGAUGUCAUCCAUGAAUUGGAGAGCUCUCAAACAACUUAUUCUACGAGAAUGAGCUCGAGCACGGAGUCAAUGCUCAGAGUAGAGAAAAACUUCUUUCAGAAUUUGAAGCGAUUAACUUUAUCAAUGCUGAGAAAGGUAAAGAAGCGAAAAGCCAAGUUUCUUACUGAAAUCACUAUGAAGCUAAGUUUAUAGUAGCUCUCUUAGAGUAUCUCCAGACUAUAAUUGAAAAUAAAUAAGAUUGCUUUUCUUGAGCAAGAAAUAGAAGAAGAGCCAGAUUUCACAAUUGGAGUAAUUGUGACUUACAAAGCUCAAGAAGACCUUAUCAAAAGAAUCAUACAAGAUAUGAAAAUAGACAGUCUUAGUCAUGUCCAGAUCUCAACAGUGGAUGCAUUCCAAGGAGCUGAAAGAGAUGUUAUCAUUCUUGGAUGAGUUAGAACAAGAAGUCUCGGCUUCAUGAGUGAUUACAGAAGACUUAAUGUCGCGAUCACUAGGGCUAAAAGACACCUAAUUCUGGUAGGUCAUGAAAAGUUACUCAAAAAGAACCCUCAAUGGAAGUACAUCAUUGAUAACUCAAAAGCACUUAAGAAAGGUUACAAAAAAUGCGAAGAAUAUCUUGCAAAGGGAAAGAUCUUCAGAGAUCUCUUAUCAGGAAUGUAA